AAAAAGAUUAAAAAUAAAAAACACACAAAUAUAAAUUUGGUCAACAUCUUGAACAGUAAGAUUUUAAAAUGUGUUGCAAACAGUUCGUUAUUUUGCUGUCGCUCUUGUCUACUGCUAUCUCUAAAGAAGCAAGAUUUGAAAAUGUAGAAAUAAAUGGAUACGAUCUAAGCAAACUGGUUUAUUCGAAAAAAAUUGAAAAGGCGUUUUCUCUGACUGAAAAUUUACCGAAAAACUACGUGGAUAAGCUCGUUAUAAGUGGAAAUAUUCCAGUUUUGCACGAAGGAGCCCUGAAUUUAAAAGAAUUGGAUGAAUUGGUUAUGGAAAAUUGCAAGAUAAGGGAAAUACAGCCUGGUGCAAUAAAUGUAGGAGAAAUGAGAAAAUUAUCCCUCAACAGAAAUUUAAUCACCGAAAUAAAACCACAUGUAUUUAGUAAUCUAAGUUUGUUUGUUCUGGAUCUAAGUAAAAAUAAUAUCAACAAAAUCGAUUCGAACGCUUUUAAUGACAUGAGCAAUUUGAUGACUUUAAACCUAGGUUGGAAUAAUAUUGAUCGUAUUGAUAGCAAUUGGUUUAGAGGAGCACCCGAAUUAACCCACUUCACCAUGCAUCACAAUUCCAUCCAAGAAGUUCCAGACAAGGUUUUCCAUUAUUUGGCUGAAAACAGAAACUCGAAACAAAUCAGCACUUCCUUGGGAAUCGUCCUGGAUCACAAUAAAAUCAAAACAGUCCAUCCAGGCGCGUUCAAGGGUUUAAAAGAAAUCGAAAUGGUGUGGCUGCACGACAACUUACUGCAAGGUUUGGAUGAGAACACCUGGGAAAGUAUCCAUUUGCGUCAACUCACUUUGGGCAACAAUAAUAUCACUUGCUUUGAAGGCGACCUGGACAAAAUUUUAAGUGCUGAUAAAAUUAGCGUCGAGCCGAAUCCAUUCGAUUGCGCUUGCUUGGAAAAACUAAUGGGGUGGUCGAAACAAAGCAAGAAAAGCAUUGACCUGUUUUAUGCAGACAAUGAGUGCAAACUAAAAGAUAUUAGGAGAAGAAUAGAUAAUUUAAAUAAAGCCUUUGAUAACUACUAAAAAUGUACAGUGUACACACCUUGACAAUAAUAAAUCAUAAUUUUUCUUAAUUUGUUAGUUUUAUUUAUU